AUGAAGGUUAAAGUGAUCCUUCGUGCACCAAAAUCACAAAUCCCAUUAUAUAUGACAUUGAAUGAUGCAAAGUUUGGAAAUGAAGAAGUUACCACAUCAUUGAAUGUAAUAGAGUCAAAUGAAGUUGUUCGUUGGGUAAACGAUACGAGUGUAAAAUCUCCCACUAACCUACAGGUUGCACCUCAGAAACAGCUGGUGAUCUCUGAAGAUUUGGCAAGAAGUAUAUCCAAAGGUAUUUCAGAAAUUUUUAAUAGUAAAAAUAAGGUUAAUAAAAUUAAUGAUAAUCGGGUAAGAGAUCUCAAGAGCAAUUCUAAUCUAUUAAAUAUACGUCAUAAAUACAAUGUUUGUCACAUAAAGGAUGCAUUCCCUGAAAAAAAAAUAGCAACAGAAUUGAUAAAAAAAAAUGAGGAUGCUGUAGAUAAUAACAUUGAAACUAAUAAGGACGAUGUAGGUGGAGAAAAGAAUCCAGAGAUUGGGAAAGUUGAAAAACUUUUGUCUCAGGAUCUUGAAAAAGUAUUUCCGUCAAGUUCGGGGUCAAUGGGAGCUCUUUUUGGGAGCAGAUAUAAUGGUAAAGAGCUUAAAUCCAAUUUAAGAAAGAAAUAUUUUAAAGGUUUGAAUUCAAAAAGUAAUAGAAGUUAUGAGUAUAAUAAGAAAUUUAGAUCCAAUGAAGACUUUCCAGAAGAUUUUCAUGAGUUAUUUCCAAAAUUUGAUGAUAGUGAUGAGGAGAAAGAUGUUAAUAUCAAUUUAAAAGAUAAUGAUAUAGACCUGUCUAAAACCACUGAAAUGAUUCAGAAAAAGAUCCAAGACGAAAUAGACAACGCAUCUAAGAUGGAAUCUAUUCAAAAUGAAAUUGCAAAAACCUUUAAGAAUUUAACUUUGAAUCCUUGUUUGUGCAAAGCAUCAGAAUCAUUCAAUAAACCAUACGACAGGAACCAAGUUAUCAUUCAGAAACAUCUUUCUUUAAAUGAACUACGUAAGAAAAUCCCUUUAAAAAAUGGCUAUAAUCAUGCAAGUCCAAAAAAUAAUUCCCAUAAUAUGUAUUUUCUUAUUCAUGGAUCAGGCAAAGAAACAGAAUCUGCUGUUUUACCCAAAGAUUUGAAAUCAAGACCUGUUAGUAAUUUUCCAAAUAAAUCCUCCUAUACUGAUCAAGGAAAAAUUUCCAAAUCUCCAAAAAAUGCUAACCUUAAAGACGAAUACCAUGGCUUGAACCCAAAUUUCAAGUAUGCCCAUACUCCAGAAAAUAAUGAUCAAGAAAUCAAGCAUCCUCAAGGCGAAGGUGAAAAUGGAGAUGGGCAUAGAAAUGAGGGUAAGAAUGAGGAUGCGAAUGAACGUAAAAGUUUAGGUGAAGGUGAGGAUUCAGGUAGAAGUGAAGUUCUAAAUAAAUUUAAAGGAUCAGAUGAAAAAAAGAGUCAAAAAGAAGACUCAGAUCCAAAAUCUCGACUGUUCAAUGCACUCUCUAGGCUUAAUUUGGAACUAUCAAAUACAAACUCAGCUCUAGAGCAGUGUUUGAAAGAAGAAGAUUUGGUUUCAUCCAUAGAUGAAGUAUUCAUCAAAGGCCUUCAAGAGAAACUUGAAAACUUAGAACUUCUUUACAAGAGAAUGCAAAUUAAUUUUAAUCAAGACAAUCCACUCCAAGAUUUGAACCAGAUUGACAAUCAAAGCAAAUACUUUCAUUUGAAUGAUGACCAAAAUAACCAGUACAAUGAUAAUGAAGCCAAAAUGUUUUUGAAUGAAGAUAAUAAUAAUAAUAAUAAUAAUGGUAUUGAAACGGCUUCCAUGAUUAAUUCUAACAAAGUCCCAAAUACUAAUCUUCCUCUAUUGACAGAUAUACCAUCCCAAAAAAAAGAUGGAACUAAUUUAGUUAUGAGAAAACUCCCAAUCCAAAAAAUUGUCCAUUCGCAGAAUAAAUCUCCCACAUUUCAAACAUUAAAUAAAAUCGAUUCAAAGAGGUCAGUUUCUGUCCCUGCUCAUGAAAAACAACUUUCUAAUCUUUACUGCGAAAAAAGUACCAAUAGCCUUGGAGAGAUUCCAUCUCUAAAUAAACCACAAGAAAACUCGAGAAAUAAAAGCUUAAUCAGUAUUGGCAGCUUUAGUAGUGUUAACAGUAAUCAUUCAAUUACCAGUAAGUCUCCCUUAUCAAAAGUUGGGCUGAAACCAAACUCAAGCUCUGAAAAAUUGAGUUUUUAUAGUGAAGAGGAAUCAAGAGGAAGAACAAGGCCAAAAGAUUAUUCUCAUCCUAGAACUUAUACCAGAGACUUUGUGGCAGAAAAUAAAUCCAAUGUUGUAUUGAAUGCAAGUAAAUCAAGUAGUAGCUUACUUCAAAAUAAUCAAAAUAAAAAAAGUACCAAGUUACAAAAAAAGAAGCCUUCUAUUGAAAAAACUUACCAAAACUCCUUCAAUAAUGAUAAUAAUAGUGGUAAAAUUAACUCAGUUAACCAUAAUCAACAACAGCUUCAACAAGAUGGAAUUAAUCAUUUUAGUUCAACGGAUGAAAUUUAUCCUUCUCUUGAAGUUGGAGGUCCAAUAGCCAGAAUGAAUAGAGCAUGCGGAGGAUUUGUUCCAUGUUUCCCAGGAUCAUACUUAAAUACAAAUUAUGAUCCAAACCUCGGAAACUUUCCUGGUAAUCACUAUAAUAGAAGUAACUAUCAUCACAUAAAUAACUAUUCUCAAUUCCCUCAAUACCAACAACCUAAUUUUCAAAGAAUGAAUAGUUAUAUUGGAACAAAUAACUUUGUAGAUAACAACACUCCAAGAUGUCCAUACUGGUGUAAUUUAAUUUGUAGGAUUUAA